AUGGCUGUACAUCUCCCGUUGGGUGUUGGAUGGAUGGUUAGCGACUUUGUGAUCGUCGAGCUAUCUGGCGUCGGCAAUGAAGGUGCGAUCUUCGGCCUUCUCACGAUGGUCGGCAAUCUUGCGGCUCCAUUUGCCCAGGUUUUGACGCUGGUGCUCGAUCAGCCGUUCAACCUUACCACGGCUCGUAUCCAGGAAGACGACAACUCGAUCCGAACCGACCUCACCUAUGCGGUGUUAAUCAUGUAUGGCAUGACAAUUAUCUCCUGGUCGUUCUUAGUAUUCCUUCCACGUCAAAAGGAAGAGACUCAGGAGAUACUUCGUACAGGUGGCAGCAAUAAAAUGAUGGGCGUUUUUACUAUUAUCUACGUUUCAAUCGCGUUUGUUUGGGCACUGAUGACCAACAUCAUGGCCAUGUUCGAAUCGACAUCGUGCCUUGUUAUUGUCGGUGGCAAAGGCUGCUAA